CCCUACCACAACAUUAGAAUAGYAGAGAGACCGUCUACAGUGACUGAGUGGACAGCCACUCUGCAGCCGUAUGCCCUGCGGCUAGUGUAAUAUUUUACAGAAAGUCCGAAAGUGCGACUUCYGAACCGCCGGCGCGCUGCCUAACUGCUCAGGAAAUACUACUGGGUUUUGAAACAUCCUUUCCCAAAGGAGCGACGAGAUUCUGGAAUUACUGGAGUUGUGUACAAGUGCGGGAUUAGGUUGUCGCUCAAGAGCAACUCAUCUUUCGAGGAAGGGCAGACUUUUUGAACAGCAGGAGUUCAGGAUGGAGAAAGCGUCAMUGUUUUUGCCCCUUGUCAUUCUACUGAUACAAUGCCUCCCCGUUGUCCCUGUUACCGUGUCAACAACCACGCCCAAGGUGGAGGUCCAUGAGAACUCUGAUGCGGUUCUGAGCUGUGAUUUUCGGACAGAGAAGGAACAGAAUCCUCGAAUCGAGUGGAAGAAGAAAGGAACAGAUGUAUCAUUUGUUUACUAUGAGGGACACUUCAGAGGAGCCUUUGCGGGGCGUGCAAGGAUCAAGGGUGCAACGGUGACCCUACAGAGGGUGACCCAGAAAGACGCGGGCGAAUACCGCUGUGAGAUCACUGCCCCUCACGACACCAUCACCCUGGGGGAGACUAACAUCACCCUCGAAGUCUUGGUGCCCCCCCACACCCCAUCCUGUGAGAUCCCCAGCUCGGCCUUGACGGGCUCUGUGGUGCAGCUGCGCUGUAGGGACCAGCAGAGCAUUCCCCCAGCAACCUACUCCUGGUACAAAGAUGACAAGCCGCUGACCCCCUCCCGCAUGGCCAACGCCACCUACCACCUCAACCCAAUCACGGGCAUACUGGAGUUUAAGACUGUGGCGAGAGGCGACACGGGACAGUACAGCUGUCUGGCAUCAAACAAUGUAGGGCCGUCCAAGAUGUGCGAGGCUAAACACAUGAAGAUAGAGGAUGUAAACAUGGCAGGGGUCGUUGCUGCGGUCGUGGUCAUCUGUCUGGUCAUCGCCAUUUGUGGCUUCGGGGGGUACUAUGCACACCGUAACGGCUACUUCAGCAAACACAGAGGAAGGUCCUUUUGGAUCCCUCAGUGUCAUGGUGUGGCYCACAUCAGCAGCCAGGACCUCCAUAGAACAAAAGACAAGACUAAUGCCAACUACAACCCUCCACCCCAWGAUCCUGCGGACUUCAAACACACCCAGUCCUUCAUGCUGUGAGGACCUCGACAUCCCCCUGGAAGACACCACACAUACCAGCAUCAUGAUAACACUGGAGUAGUUUUAUUCGACCCAAAUGAAUAGUUAAUUAUGUUUUGGGGACUGACCAACCCUGCUCUCCUCACCCUUGUGGAUGGAUAGCAAGGAGGGACAGACAACUCUGCGUAGAGGCCAUUUAUUCCUUCUGUUUUGCUGUCCCUGGGCCCUCAAUGYAAGCCUAUUAUAUUAGUCACAUGGUACUCUACUCCCCUCUGGUGGCCAAGUUGUUAAACUACAGCCUAUUGCCAUCUUGUGGUGGACCCAUGGAAUUACGUCCCACACAUGCUCACUUCCCCCUCAACUGGCCAAAACAUGAACUACCUAAAUCUUAUUUUAUACCAAAGACUUGAACAUGGCAUCUGAGUGUAAUAUACUGUACAUAUUUUCUGAUGGCUAAGCAUUGAUGUGAACUUAAGGGAAAGUUGUGGACACAAGGUAGCCAUCACAUUAGGCCUCCCGAGUGGCGCAGCAUCUCAGUGCAAGAGGUGUCACUACAGUMCCUGGUUCGAA